CAGUUCGGAAGGAGUCGGACGUAGAGGAUUAACUUGAAACGGAAUGUUAUUUUUACACAUCAAAUCAAGCCAAAACAGCCAACUUAACGUUGCCGAGACCAGCGGACUUUUUAAAGGGACGAAUGGAGAGUGUAUAGCCAUUUCUCUAACCAGUCCACCGGAGCCCUGAGAGAUUUUAAUUAUCGUAUUUUCGGAGGAGGUAAUCGGUGUUUAGCUUAGCACGCUGGCGCGAGCGAGGACUGAGAUGAGCGUCGCGCGCCUCGGAUGUUCCCGAAUCGGAGCUCGCUGAAGCAGAAGGCCUCAAAUGGGAAAAACAAGCAUCGGGAGGGAAUACCAAGUAUAAUUUUGUAGAUGUAGCUCACGUGUUUUUUUUUUUUUUUUUUUUUUAUAAACAAGGAUUCUUCGGACUUCACAACCACAGCUUCAGCAUUUUUAGCUGGAUUUUAACCUUUGCAGACGGCCAUGGAAUCGACUGUCGAUGACGAUGCGAUGGAAGCGUGAAUGAGGUUUGGCGUGGCAGUAGCUGAACGAUGCCCAAGGGUGGGGGUUCUAAAACCCCCCAGCUGGAGGACUUCCCACUCAACACCGACAUGGUGGAAAAACAGGGUGGGAAGAAGGAUAAAGACAAAGGCUCGUCAAACAAAACUCCUAAAUUGGACCGCAGCGAUGGUGUCAAAGAGAUGAAAGAGAAAGCUCCUAAGAGGAAGCUGCCCUUCACCGUCGGAGCCAAUGGAGAUCAGAAAGAUUCUGACACGGAAAAACAAGGUCCAGAGCGGAAGCGCAUUAAAAAGGAGCCCACUAACACCAGGAAGUCAGGCUUGCCGUUCGGAAUGGGCAUGCCAGGGAUUCGGGCCGGGUACCCCCUCUCUGAGCGGCAGCAGGUGGCUCUUCUCAUGCAGAUGACGGCGGAGGAGUCCAUAAACAGUCCAGACACAACACCAAAGCACCAGUCACAGUCAAGUCUGGGUCAGAAGGGAACACCAAACUCUGCCUCAAAAACCAAAGACAAAGUGAACAAGAGGAAUGAAAGGGGCGAGACGCGGCUGCACAGGGCGGCCAUACGUGGGGAGGCACGUCGCAUAAAGGAGCUCAUCAACGAGGGGGCUGAUGUGAAUGUAAAAGAUUUUGCAGGCUGGACCGCACUUCAUGAGGCUUGCAACAGAGGGUAUUACGACGUGGCCAAGCAGCUGCUGGCAGCCGGGGCCGAGGUUAACACCAAGGGCCUGGAUGAUGACACGCCUCUACAUGAUGCAUCUAACAAUGGUCACCUCAAAGUAGUGAAGCUGCUGUUACGAAAUGGAGGUGAUCCUUGUCAAAGCAACAGAAGAGGGGAGACACCAUUAAAAGUGGCAAAUUCCCAAACAAUGCUUAAUCUGUUGCUGGGAAAAGGCACUUACACCUCCAGUGAAGAGAGUUCCUCAGAUUCUUCAGAGGAGGAAGAUGCCCCAUCAUUUGCCCCAUCUAGCUCUGUUGAUGGCAAUAAUACAGACUCAGAGUUUGAGAAGGGCUUAAAACUAAAAGGGAAGGGCAUGGACCCACCCAAAUCCACCACCACUCCUGUCAAGGAUGAGUAUGAAUUUGACGAGGAUGACGAGGAGGAGCGCGUCCCACCUGUGGACGACAAGCAUCUGCUUAAGAAAGAGUUCCGCAAGGAUCCUGUCACCAAGACCAACAACUUCAUCUCCAUACCCAAGAUGGAGGUUAAAACCUAUUCCAAAAGCAACUCGCUAACACCAAAGAAGGCUGUGCGUCGGAUCCUUUCGGACAGCAACAGCUCAGACGAGGACGACAGGACGUUGUGUUUCACACCUACGACAACACCAAGGCAACCUGCACCUCAGACCAACGUCAAGAGUCGGGACUCGACAACACAGAGCUCCAAGCAGCAAAAAGAGAAAAGUAAAGUCAAGAAGAAGAGGAAGAAGGAGACAAAAAAUAAUGUCAAUAAAGAGGUUCGCUUUGGUAAAGUGAACGACAAGUUCUGCACCUCGGACUCUGAGAUCGGGGACCUGGAGAGUGAGGAUGAUAAAGGCUCAAUGCAGAGCUCAAACUGUGUAAAGGACUCUUCAACUUUGAGCCUCAAAGAACCCUCUGUUUUUAGCUCUCUGUCUGCGUCGUCUUCAUCCUCACAUGGGAGUCUGAGUUCGCAGAAACACACGCAGUCUCUGGCAGAGCAGCACCCAAAGCAGUGGAGGACAGAUGGGUGGAAAACGGUGUCCUCCCCAAUGUGGUCUGAUGUCAGUUCCCUUUCAGACUCUGUCAGAACAAGACUAUCCAGUGAGUCUGACUACUCUUCUGCUGACUCCAGUAUUGAGUCUGUGAAACAGGUAAAAAAGAAAGUGCAAGAUAACCGAAAGAAAAACAACACGCAUGCCAAUACAAUAGACAAAAAGAACUCUGAGUUUUACAAGAACUCAAGCAUGGAUGGAGCCAUUUCCAAAACAGAUAAAGAGGGAAAGGUGUUGAAAAAGCACAAAGUGAAACACAAACACAAAAUUAAAGAAAAAGAAAAGACUGCAAGUGUAGUUUUGAGUCAAGACAUGAAUGAAAAAUUUGUCAAGAGCUUUUCUUUUGACUUUGACGACUCAAGGCAGAAGUCGCUCAUUGUUGAGACAGAGUCACCUUCUGAAAAUAGGGUCAAACUUUCCAAACAUGACAAAGAUCAUUUUAAGAAGGAAGACAGACUCUCCAAGGGUAAAUCUGAGGACAAGGACUGGCCAGGUAAAGAAACUCAGAGGGUCACCAAGGAAGAGAAGUCGAAGAAAACAAAGGAGUCCAACAAAGAUAAGGUGAGCAAAGAAGAGAGGGACAAACCUUUGAAAACUGAGAAGGAGAGAAACAUUAAAGAUAAGACAAAGGAGGAGAAACAGAAAGCCCAUAAGGAUGAUAAAAAGAAAAAGUCUAAGGAUAAAUCUGUUAAAAUAGACAAAAAGAAUGAGCAAAAAGAAGACAAACAUUUUAAAUCUGAGAAAAGUACUAAAGAAGAGAAGGAAAAGACAAAGAGGGAUAAGACCAUCAAGGAAGAUCCUGAUUAUGAGGAUUAUGAUUUAAAAAAUAAUUUAUUAGAGGACUCUAAGAUGAGUGCAUCAGACGAUCCCCAUGAUCGGUGGCAAUCAGACAUGUCUUCUGAUAGUUCGCUUUAUGGGGAUGAUAGCUGGGACGUCCCUGUGAAAGAAUACAAAGCCAAUAAUGCGGUCAAGUUAAUUGUGGAAACAGUAAAGGAAGAAAGCAGGGACCGUAAAAGGGAAAAUAAAGUCAAAGAUAAAAAGCCAGAUCAUGGGGAAAAGCGUCCUGAAAAGGAAACUGCAUCAAAAAAGAAAGAUAAGGAGUCCACUGACAAGAAAAAAGACUGGAUGGACAAACAAAAGUUAAAUUCUAGUCAGUCUUUGGAAAAAGAGAAGAAACGAAAAGAAUCAGCAGAGGGUGUCAAAGAGAAGAAAGAAAAGGAUGCUGUGGAAAGCAGUAGAGACAGAAAAGAUUCAUAUGAGAUCACUAAAGAGAGGAAAGACUUCAAAACAAAACAAGAAUCAUUGAGAGAUGACUAUGGGAGUGAGGCCUUCUUUAAAGACAAAACAGAGAAUGAAACCAUCUGCAAAUCUGAUCCAAGGGAGAGAAACCACUCUGGAAAAGACAGGGAGAAGAAAAUGGAUGUUGUGGAAAAGAAAGAGAAGUCAAAGGGGGAAAAACAUAAGGACAAGCCUAAGGACAGAAAUUUGGACCAGGAAAAAGAGAAACCUGAGAAGAACUCCAUCGAGAGGUCAAUGAAAGAGAAAGAUCUAGAAAGAGCCUCCAAAGACAAGCGGGAUGGGGCUAAAGAAAAGCAUAAAGAUUCUCAUAGCAAAGACAAAGAAAGGAAGAUGUCAUCUGAACAGAAUAAAGAUAAGAAAGAAAAGACUAACCAGGACAAACAUGCCGACAGGGAAAAAGAUUUCUUGGAAUUUAAGAAAGAAGACAGGAAACCUGAAAAAGUGAGAGAGAAGACAUGGUAUACAAUUGCUGAUAUUUUCACAGACGAGAGUGAAGAUGAAGAUGACGAUUAUAAUGGAGGCGUAGCAAAAUUAAGUGACUCUCUCGGACUGUCAGACUCUCACAGAAAAGAUUCCACACCUGACCGAGAUGAAAUGGAUAAUUUCCAAACAGAUAAACACAAGAAAUACUCUGUAGAGGGGAAAGCACAUUCCACAGAAAAACAAAAAGAAAAGGAGCAUAAAGAUAAGAAAAAGGAGAAGGCAACAUUUGAUGCAGGUAAAGAGAGAAAAGCCUCCAUGGAAAAACACAAGGAUAAAAAAGACAAAGAUUCAACUGACACAAAACACAAGGAACGUAAGGACAGAGCAUCUGUGGAUUCAAAUCAGGACAAGAAAAGCAAGCAGAAACUUCUUGACAAGAGAGAUGUCGGUGAGGAAAAGAGCAAAAGCAAAUACAAAGACAAGCCAGAACACUUAAAAGACAGAAAACCCUCAAAAGGGAGUGGUGAAAAUGAGAAAUCCUUAUUAGAAAAACUUGAGGAAGAGGCCAUGAAUGAUUAUAAAGAUGAUUCCAAUGACAGACACAGUGAAAUUUCAUCUGACAGUUUCACAGACAGAGGUCAUGAGCCUGUCCUAUGCAGCUUCUAUGACUCCUCUAACAUCAGCAUACCUGAAAUGUCAGAGGAGAGAAGGGAGUCAUUAUCCAUCACUAAUCCACAGGACAAGUUCAGAGAGAAAGAGAGGCACAGACAUUCAUCAUCAUCAUCUAAAAAGAGUCAUGACAAGGAUAAGGAGAAGGUAAAGAAAGAAAAAGGAGACAAAAAGGAUAAGUCGGAGGAGAUCAGAGAUUCCUAUGGCCGCAGAGAAAGCUUGCCCUUUGACAAAGAGCCCAUGCCAUUAGAGGCGGACCCUUACACUUUUCCAUAUGGUUCCAAAGUGGAUGGAGAGGAUGACUUGGAAAAGACUCUGGAGUUUGAGAAGGAGAUGUCCAAAAAGGACAAGACAAACAGUCUCAUGAACAGCGAGAAAAUAAAAGAUAAAAAGAAGAAAGAGAAACACAAGGAAAAAGUGAAAGAGGAAAAGCAUAAAUAUUCAGAUGGCUUUGGGUCAUUCAGACACUCCAAAGAAGAACAAAAAUUUGGAUUGAAAGAAAACGCUCAAAUCACAAGUCUUAAAGAGAAAUCUAAAGAAGACUCUAAAUUUGAUGGGAAAAACAAGGAGAGAAAUAAGGACAUAAUAGACAAAGACUUUAACAGGGCAAAGGUCAAAGAUGAAAAUGACAAGUUUAGCCAGUCAAAAGAUGCAACUCGAAAGGACAACCGCCCUCGUGAAAAGCUUUUGGUUGAUGGUGAUCUCAGAUUAACAAGUUUUGGCAAAAUGCUUAGUUUAAAAGAUCAGGAAAUUGAGGAGCGCCAUAAGAGACACAAAGAGAGAAUGAAACAGAUGGAGAAACUGAGACACCGGUCAGGUGACCCAAAAUUUAAAGACAAGACCAAGUCAAAUGAAGAGUUAAAGAAGAACCGCAAUGAACUCUCAUCCAAGAAAUCUGGUUCAGUAGAAACCGCUUUGAAAGAGAAAAAGUUAAAAGAUAUUGGCCUUUCCGCCCAAAUAAUGUCUCCUGAAAGAAAGUCACAGCCUAUGGACAGUCAGAAUUCAAAGGACUGGCUUGCUGGUCACCAAAUGAAGGAAAGUCUUCCUGCAUCUCCACGUCCUGAUCAGAACAGACCAACAGGGGUCCCCACUCCAACAUCUGUGAUCUCAUGUCCAAGUUAUGAGGAAGUCAUGCAAACUCCACGUACUCCAUCCUGCAGUGCAGAGGACUAUUCUGAUAUAAUGUUUGAUGGCCUUGAGUGUCAGAAUUCUUCAGCCACCACAAUAUCCAUGAAUGCCUGCUCCCCAUCUUUCUUCGAUAGAUAUACUAACUCAUCACAUAGCUUUCAAGAGGGAACAUGUAUAACACCCGCAAAGAACAUGCAGUUACCACUUGUGAGUCGCUCUGCCACCUCUGAUGUAAGAAGACCUCUUGAGGAUGAGUUCAAAGCAGAGGCAGACAAGUUUCUACGACAGCAACACAUAUUAGAAGGCACAGCAUUUGAGUCUUCAGCCUCACAUCUGACUGAGGACAAGAUUGCAGCUGACAGCCUUAAUUGUCUUUCUCCAACAUACUUUUCACCUCCUAUUGAAAUGAUGUCACCCAUACCUGACCUAUCACAACAUGAUAGUGUACCAGAGGAAGCUUCUGCUGUAAAUUCCAUCAGUGAGGGCAGUGAUCACCCUUCUGGGUGUGUUUAUAACAACUACCCCUUGAAGCCUUCAACUCCAGUCCAUAGAUCUGACCCCCAGGAGCCAUGUCUGGAUAUAGCUGCUCCCCCAACUCCGGCCCCAGCUGCCUUGCCUAACCUGGAUAUUGAUGAUCUCUCAGAACCACACCAAAGUGGGCCUGGUCUAAUGCCAGCUCAUCCAGUGAGUGUGAGUGACUACUUGCCUCCUGUUGUCAAAGAGCAAGAAGAAGAAGAGGAGGAGGAAGAGGAGGAGGAGGAAGAUGAAGAUUUUACUGGGGAUGCAGCAGAAAAUAAUCAUGCUGAAAACGAGAUCAUCCAGUCUAGAGACGAUCCCUCCUAUUCUCUUGGGAUUGAUGAGUCUUAUAAAAAGGCUUGGCUGGAAUGUCCGGAUAGAAGAGAGCACGAUGUACUUCCCAUAACACCCACCCAUCCACAGGACAACUUCAUGGAAAACUCAUGUGAUCGGUCCAUGGGCUGGAAUUCAGAAGAGCUCAUGAAAUCACCUCAUGAAAGUUAUAGAGAGGUUGAGGCCGCUGUCUCAAAGAUAAGUAGUCCCUAUUCACACUCUGAUUGCGAUCUGCAGCAUAUCCCAAAUGCAAUUCCUGUGACGCAUCCUCACUCUACUUACUCCAGAGCAUACUGUCCAUCAGAAGUCUCUGAGUCUCAUUAUGAGGUCCACAAAGAUACAGUGGAAGACAUUCCAUCACCAACAAGACCUGUAACAGAGACACUGGAGUCAGAAUCACCUCGACUUGAAACUUUCUUCACUGAUUGCAAACCCAAUCUUGAGGACUCUCAGAUGGACCUAGAGCCCCCAUGUAUGAUGCAAGACAAUAGACAAGAGUCCCCCAGUUAUGUUGCUGAGAGCAGCAUGUCUGUAGCCCCACUAGUCAAUGAGAAUCCUGUUGUUUCCUGGGCAGAUCCAUUCUCUGGUACAGCUGAUGAAAUGGAUGAUAUGGGUCCCUUCUCAAUACCAGACCUUCCAUUGCAAGAGAAGGAGUUGCAGGAUCCUGAUGUAACCCCAGAGAUUGCAGAGAGCAAGCAUCCACCUCUUCAGACAAGACCUCCAGGCAUUGAGACAAGUGAGGAUGUUGAAAUGAUGGAUGCUGACUUGACAUGUUUAAGCAAAGCUCCUUGUUCUCCUGUAAUGGUACAUCCUCCCGAAUCUGCUCAGGAUUUGGUUACCCCAGCAUGUGAGGAGAGCUAUAGACAACAGUCUGAGUUGGAGCCUGAGCCUCGGAAUGUCUUAGAUGUUCCUCCCAUUAAAGAAACAAUUCCAGAGGAGAUAGGGGCAUUUGAAGUAGAUGAGAACAAUGGUAACUUGUUUAUUACUGAAAAGGACAAUGAAUACAAGCAAAAAGAAACAGUCCCAGAUAUUAUGAUGCCGUCUGUUAUGCUACAAUCUCUGGAAUCACCAGCUGCCACAAAACAACAUCCCGUGGUACAAAAUCCAGUGGUAGCUUUGGGUCCCUCUUGCAGCCCACAACCUUCUGUUACGGUUCCAACUGUCUCAUUGACCACCACCACCCAAGUGUCAGAGACCCUUGAGACAACCGCCAAGUUGUUGGUGACUGUGCCAGUACCUGAGGCACCCAAGAAAAUCGAAGAGAUACCUCAGAGAAUGACCCGGAAAAUGGCUCAAAUGCUAGCCAAUCAGAACAAGCUGAGCGCAGCAACUAGUUCUUCAAGCAUCACCUGUUCUGUAUCCUCUCUCAUCACCACAAGAGUCACGUUAGAGAAGGAGAAAGAGCCCAUCAGCUCCAACACAGCUCAAACCUCCACUCCAGCACCUGCACUGAUCACCAAAACAAAAGGCAGGCCUGUUGAAGAUGACGACAGCCAGUCCCAACAUCCACGCAAGAGGAAGUUUCCAAAAUCAGGCCAGCAACAGGUGCAGGUUCAACUUGUUAACACAGCGAUGAAGCAGACCCGGGAGAUGAUCCAGCAGACUCUGGCAGUCAUUGUGAACGCCAUCAAAUUGGAUGAGAUUGAGCCGUACCACAGUGACCGUUCCAACCCCUAUUUUGAGUACCUUCAGAUCCGCAAGAAAAUUGAGGAAAAGCGGAAGAUUUUGUGUUACAUAACACCGCAAGCUCCCCAGUGCUAUGCAGAUUAUGUGACAUACACAGGCUCCUACUUACUUGAUGGCAAGCCUCUGAGCAAGCUUCAUAUCCCUGUGAUUGCUCCACCCCCAUCUUUGUCAGAGCCCCUGAAGGAGCUUUUCAGACUGCAAGAGGCAGUGAGAGGGAAACUCAGACUGCAGCACAGCAUCGAGAGGGAGAAGCUGAUUGUAUCUUGCGAGCAGGAGGUUCUGCGUGUUCAUUGCAGAGCAGCAAGAACAAUUGCAAAUCAGGCUGUUCCCUUUAGUGCUUGCACGAUGCUGCUGGAUUCAGAAGUCUACAACAUGCCAUCAGAGAGCCAGGGGGAUGAGAACAAGUCUGUAAGAGAUCGCUUUAACGCUCGGCAGUUUAUCUCCUGGAUUCAAGAUGUGGAUGACAAGUACGACCGCAUGAAGACAUGUUUGCUAAUGCGGCAGCAGCAUGAGGCCGCUGCUCUAAAUGCAGUCCAAAGGAUGGAGUGGCAACUCAAGGUACAGGAGCUGGACCCUGCUGGACACAAAUCCCUGUGUGUGAAUGAGGUCCCCUCCUUCUACGUGCCAAUGGUCGACGUCAACGAUGACUUUGUACUGUUGCCUGCGUGACACAGACACAUAUUGAGACUCUGAGAGUUUGGUCUAAUAUUAAUGAUCUUAUCAAAGAGACAUCAAACAAAGUUCGGUAAGGGCUAGCCGGUUUGAGGAGAUUUCUUUGAGGAGAGAAAAUGUAUAUUACAUAGAAAAAGGGUAAAUGACAUACAACUCAUCCUUUUCUGCCUGAGGAGGGGGCCGUCUUUUUUACGGGAAAAAUACACAACUUGCACUUUCAUUCUUCGAGUUUUUAUGGUUUUGUUUGGGAUUCAAAAAGCAAAACUGCUUUUAACCUUAUCCCUCCUGUCUUUGUUGAUCACAGGGGACAGAAUUUUUCUCUGUUUUCCCCCCUAAACUAAAUUACAAAAAACAAGAAGCUUAAGACAGAUUCCUCCACCAAUGUGCUGCAGAACCAGGGGACAGACGGCAUAAUGGUGGACCCAAAACUCCGAACACGGGCAACACCUCAAUGUGCAGGCACAAAAAAGACCAAGUGGGGUGUAACAGGAGUGCUCACACGGCCUUUCCUUGUAUGGACCCAUGUCUACGAUGACUACAGCAGUGGAGAGAAUGGCUUUCCUGCUGUACAGCACCCUGUGCAGCCCCAGAACCAGAGCAGGAUAGCAGGGCUCCGUGCCGGAGCAGAGAGGAGAGACUAGUUUCAGGGUAUCCACACAGGGCAUGAGAUUUAGAGUGCCCUCAAAAGGGGGUAACGGUGUAUUUGGUCCCACAUGCUGGAUCAGUAAGCCUUGGAUGCUCCCUAAGCCAGGCCUGACAUGCCUGCCUUCAUACGACUGCUCAAGGAAAAGACUAAAGAGCAAACAUUGCAGUCACGAAUCACAAGGCAAGGACUUGCAGGAUUGUCUCUUGGACAAGAAUUUUUAUUUUUUAAUGUUUUUUUGGGGGGGUUGUGUCUUUCUUUACUCGGGCAUUUCAUUGUUCCCUUUCUGAGGAAGUGACUUGAAACACUACAGAGCCAACAUUAGUUUAAUGGAAAAACAAAUACAAAACUAAAAAAAAUGUAUUCCGUAAAUUAUGUACAGUUUUUAUAAUCAUUAACCAAUGUAUUCUCGCUGCCUUCUAGAUAAUUUAUUUUGCCACACAUUAUUGCACAGUUGUAAAUAACUUAUGUACUGUAACAUCACUCAGUUAAGUGUAAAAAAUAAAUGAAUAAAAGUUAUCAUUGUAUGUACAGUUCACUUUCGGGCAGCACUUUCCCCCCCUCAUACCCAUGGGCCAAAAAGUUGUACACAUUGUCAGUAUUUUCAAGACUUCCAUGCAAAGGUCCUAAUGGUUUCUUUUAAAGGCUAGUCAAAGUUCAUUUAGAUUGUCAUCACCACCAUCAUUAGAAAACACAGUUUCCCUCCUGAUUAUUCUGUCAGGGCCACAACCAUAGUUUUCAGAUGUAGCAGAGCAAUUAUGGAUUUAUUUAAAGAAUAGUAGAGGUAUAUUAUUCAUCGUUUUAUCACACAAGUAUAUAUCUUUAAAAAGUAUAAACCAAGAAAAUGCCUUUAUGCAGUUAACGUCUCUGAUUUUCUUCUAAAGCUGCACAAGUCAUAAUAUAGGAUAGAUCGUAAGACAAGAUUUGGAGCCUACUUCAUUUGGGUCUGUUCAAAUAUACAACCACCCCAUGAACAAUGUAGUACAUACUUGAAUUUGUUACACAAUAAUGGGACUUUUUUUCUUUUUUUUUCCAUCUAUCUGCUUUUUGUUCUUUUUACAUUCAUUAUUAAUGCACAAAAUUGCUUCAAGGUUGUUUUAAACUGUUCUCCCUUUUUUCCUGAACUAUACAACUAUUGAUUAAUAUAAAUAUCUUAGCAAUUCAAAGGGUUGGGGAAAUUGAAGUAGAAUAUGACCACUCAGCUAUCCACAUGGUAAAAAGUAUAGGCUCCUUCCCUGCUUUUCUGUUCACAUUUUCAAUAUUUUUUUUUUUUUAUAAAGUACGAUUCUGAACGAGCAUGAUGAUAAAUAUACAAACUAAAGAAAUUGCAUCAGUCAGAAGUAUUUUGUUCUCUCAGUCCCAACGCAAAUACAUUUUCAAUUUGUCUUCUAAUCUGAAAGGUGACUUUUAUUGCAUGACGUUUAAAAGCGAUGUCUCGCACCCCUCCGUUUUCAGAAACGUACUGAAAAUCACUAUGACAGAACACAACACAGGCACCUCCGUUCUUGGACUCAUUAUUUGUAUACCUGGGCUCUCUGACUGUUUUGUUCCAUUCUUGUGGAUUCUCUUUUCACAGGUUUUUUUGUUUUAGUGAAGUGCACCAAUGUCAAUUAUUUAUUUUGCCCUUUACCAGUACUUUUAGAUGAUUACCCAUCAACACAGAGUGAGAGUUGUUUUUAGAAAUGACGUGUUUUUAAGAAAAGAGCUUUUAUUUCUGAUUAUUAGAUAUUGCUUUUUUUAGGGGGUGAGAGGCUUGAAAUUUUGUUUUAAUAUUUUACCCUUCCUCAUUACCUGCCUGUUCUUCAGUGUGAGGUGGUGUGAUGUUUGCUCAAUCAUCCAGGCUAGUGUUUAGUUUGUUUUUUCAUUUCUUUUUGUUUCAUGUGUGUGGUUGUGAGUCUGUGAAAGUCCCACAUGAUGCAGUUAUGCAUGUGUGCAUUGAGUCUGGGUGCAACAGGUGUCAUUAGUUCGACAGGUAAUUGUUUUGGAUGACUAAAGUCGUGGUAUUUUGUGAGUACCGUACAGUGCAAAAAAUGUCUACAGAUUCUACAGAAUGCAUAAAAUGAAUAACUUUCCGUUCAAAUUGUAUUCAUUUUCAGUGUUAAUUUUUUUUUUUUCUCUAACAAAAAACAUUGUUUUUUGAAAAGUGCAUUUGGUGUUUUUAGGUGCAUUUUAAUUCCCACAAAACCAAAAUAGUGUCUUGUUAAUCAAAUGGUUUGUAUGUAUCAUCACAAAGCCCCUGUAUACUUAUUGUUUACAAGAUGAUAUGUGAAUUUUCUCUGUUCUAUGAUGAAGGUUGUCUGGAUUCCUACAACUGAUCCCAUUUUAAAAGGCUUGAAAUUGUGAAUCCUCUUUGGGCCUUAGUACUCGGGCCCUGACGCUCGUUUAACUCGCAUUCAAAUCCUUAUAAACACUCCUUUAAAUAUACUGUAUUGGAACUAACUAUGAGAUUGGACAAUAGUAAUCUUACACAAGCUUGCCCGUGACUCACUGGCCUCUGUCUGCAACACAUUACCUCUAACUAAUUGCAACGAUUGCAAAUGAAUCCAUUUACUUUUGUUUUUUUGUCUCUAGCUAGAUAGAUUACAAAGUGUCAAGCCACAAUUUCAAGCCUUGUUUGAAAAAUUUAUUUUCCUCAGUAUCCGCAAAUACAUUUUGCAAUGGAACUAAACUCAUUACUCUGUAGUAACUCUUCAUAAAUAGUGAGAAAUAACCUAUUUAUUAUCUUUCUGACACCUGUGGUAUGUUUGAGUUUGAAGGUCUCUGCUGUGUAAAUUUUCCUCUUGUAAUGCGUAACGAGACGUUGUAAAUAGCUGUAAAUAAUAUUCCAGGACGUUUUGCACCCUCCUCUUUGUACUAGUCUAAACUUGCGUAGAAUGUGAGGUUCUUAACAGCAACGAGACGUGUCGCGCUCGCUGCCGGUGAUGUAACAAUGUAUCUUUUUUAUUUGUAAAAUGUAGUUCAAUUGUGUACAUAUUGUUGGAGCAGCUAUGGGAGGGAGGGGUUUGAUGCUAUCGUCAGUGCUGUCAAAGAUCCAGUACUUUCAACUUUAGCUGUGUUGAUAUCCUGCAAUUUAAAAAGCGAGAAAUUAAAAAUGAAAAAAAACAAAAAAACUCUUAACGGAGGAAAAAUUCAAAAUUGAUAUUUUCUACACUUGCAUGUACAGAGAGCGCGAGAACUGCUGUUGUUCCUCAGAGAUUAUGUUCGUAAAUAAAUUUUUGAAAUGA